CAGGAUUCAGAGCGCACCCGCAGCCAUGACCGUGCCCAUCGCCAAGUCCUUUUACGACCUCAGCGCCACCACCUUGCAGGGGGAGAAGGUGGAUUUCAACAACUUUCGGGGUCGCGUGGUCCUCAUCGAGAAUGUGGCAUCACUCUGAGGCACGACUGUGCGGGACUACACCCAGCUUAACCAGCUGCAGGCCCGCUACCCUCGGCGGCUGGUCGUGCUGGGUUUCCCUUGCAACCAGUUCGGCUACCAGGAGAACUGCACCAACGAGGAGAUCCUCAACAGCCUCAAGUACGUGCGCCCAGGGGGUGGCUUUGAGCCCAACUUCACCCUGUUCCAGAAGUGCCAGGUGAAUGGGCAGAACACCCACCCUGUCUUCGCAUACCUGAAGGCGCACCUGCCUGCGCCAGCUGACGACGCGGUGCACCUAAUGGCAGAGCCACGCUUCAUGGUGUGGAGCCCUGUGCAGCGGGCUGACAUCUCCUGGAACUUCGAGAAGUUCCUGGUGGGCCCUGAGGGUGAACCUUUCCGGCGCUACAGCCCUCGCAUGCCCACCGCUCAGCUGGAGCCUGACAUCCAGCGCCUGCUCAAGCUGGCCAAGUAG